GCCGCCCUUGCUGUGGUGCGGUGGCUGAAAGCAAGCCAGAGCUCCUGCCCCGCGGAGGAAGGCCAGACCCACCCCAAGUUCGCUUUCCUUACUUCGUUUCAAAAAGACUUUGUGCCUUUUUUGCUCAAUUACUUGAGGGAACAAACCAGUCGGAUAUUGACCAAUGGACCAUCUACUCCUGCUAAAACGCCAAAUGCCAAGCUUCGUGGGGGUGCUGCUAGCUCUCAGAAUCAAAGGGGAGGAUCUCAGAGAAGGCCUUCUAGUACAGUGGGAUUUGGCAACAGUCGAGGGCAGCUUUUUUGUGAUACAUCACCUUCCGAUGUCUGUACCCCAAAUAACGUUGAAUCACGUGGAUCUUUUAUCUUAAAUGGGUCAAGUUUUUUGACUUCUUCUAGUGACUUCCUAAAUGUGAAUAAUAGCACCAGCCCAAAUUGCAGUUCAAGCCCCAGUUUUUCUCGCAAUGAAAGACGAUCUGCUCAGAAAACAAGUCUGGGAAGUUAUUUUUUGGCUGCCCCAGUGAGGCGAGUCAGAAGAAAAGGUAACAGUUCUGCAGGUGGUUCUGGCCAGCCAUUGGCCCAAGAUCUGGGAAGAAGCAUGAAUGACGAAGUGAAGUGUGGUAGUCCCUCAGUGGAGUCAUCCAGACAGAAGAAACAGAAUGAAGCAACUUCUGUCUUUUCCAUUUCACCACCUGAUCAGCUUAAUCUAAAUGACUUGGAGGAGUUUCCACCUAUGAGUGCUGCUGGAGUGACAAACAAAACCAAACCAUCAAGAAGAAUCAAUCCUACUCCAGUGAGUACUGAACGAACCCUCUCCAAGCCCAAGAUGUGUUUCACUUCCACACCUGUUGGCAAAUCUCACGCUCUUCACUUUCAGUCUGGAACCAGUCCUGAGGCCCUUGAUUCCUCUCAGGAAGUCAACCUGAUUUCCUCUUCUGGAAGCCUUCAGGAAGAAAGAGAGAUGUUGAAGAAAGAACGGUCCAAAUUAUUGCAUCAGACAUCUACCCCGGCAGGAUUAUCUUCAGAUUCUGGUUCAUCUGCUAAAUCUCCUAUUGGAUUGAAUGGGAGUCUCCUGACAGAAAACCAGUUGGUAACCUCUGCAGAUGUCAGCAAAGUUUCUUGCAGGAAACAGCUGCAACAGCUGGCUCAGCUUUAUUCACUUUGCAUAUCAGAAAACCUGGUGCCAAAUAUCUUUCUGGAGUUUUUCUUUGUAUUGCAACUGCUAACAGCCAAGGGAACUUCUUCUGUGGAAGAUGAGGGGAGUAACCCGGAUGUUACUGAAGAGUAUAAAGAUGCAGUAGAGAGGCAGUAUUUUUGCAGCAUACACAACUGUGUUUACUUUGCUGUUCAGGUGUUAGAUCAUCAUUUUGUAAUUGUAUCUCAUCUAGAAAAAGGCACACUGAAGCUUUUGGCUGAGAAUGAGAGGAUUGCAGCUUUUUCUCCUGUCCUCCAUGAAAGACUUACGAUCGCCUAUGAAAGUAGCACAGCAAAGAUUUCCCUCUUGCUACCUUCAUGCGUGCAGUCAGUUUCCUUCCAGCCUGAAACUGACAAUCGAUCUAAUUUUUCCAGUGAUAAGGCAUUUCACAUAUUUAAGAAGCAAAGAGAUAUUUUCUAUGAGUUACUACGUGAAUGGGAAGAUAACAGUGAAAAACCUGGCUGGGAUUUUGAGAAGUGUCUGGGAGACAGGAUCAGGGUGAUGAUGGCUCAUCUUUCAGCAGCUUCUACCUAUAGCCACUUUGCCAGGCUCUUUCAGAAACAGCUGCUUCAGAUGUGUAAAGGCCCCGUUGGGGGUGGCACAAGCUGGGGAGACGCCCCAGACCAGGAUGUCCUUAACAUGUUGGGGUCAGGGAAUCUGAGCCGACUGAAGAGGCUGCAAGAGAGAUUCCUCGUUCCUCAGAGCAUCAAAGGGCCCUGCCCACCUCCUUCCUUCCCUGGAUGCCAGCAGUUCUUCAGGGACUUCAUCCUCAGUGCAGGAAGCUAUCAGUUUAACCAGCACCUGAUGGACAGCCUGUGUCUGCAGAUACUUGAGCUGGACGGCCUUGCCUUAGUGGAACAUGAACCCAGUGACAGAGAUGCAAUGGGUGAACAGGAUGAAAAAAAGCAUUUUUCUGCAGUCCUCAUGAGCCUCCGACUUCUGGCAAAAUUUUUCGGAUUCCUUGUCUUCCUGCCUUAUCGCACAUCAGAGCCUGUAACUGGGGAUCUCCUGGAGUCUGCAGUGGCCUUAAGGAACCAAAUCCACCCUGUGCUGGAUGUUCUGAAACUGCUGAGGCAAUCCAUUCAGAAACAAUGCACUGUGCUCACUGUUCCUUGGAUUGUAGAGUUCCUUUCUCUCAUGGAUUAUAUUGCCCCCUUUCUGGACUACUAUGGGAAGAUAUUUACACUCCUCGUACAGCUGUAUAGAUGUCUGCUUCUUUCUGAAGAAAAAGGGAUGUGUUUCCUGAAUAAGUUACUGAUCCUAGCUGUUUUAGGAUGGCUUUUUCAAGUGCCUACCGUCCCAGAGAACCUAUUCUUCACUGGUGAAGUGACAUCAGAAGUGACAACAGACUCUGGAACAGCAGUUCAAGCUCUGGAUUCUGUGCCAUUGGUGGACCAGCAGUUGCUUUAUACCUGUUGCCCAUAUCUUGGUGAGCUGAGGAAACUGCUAUCAUCUUUUGUGCUGGGAAGUGGAGGAAAAAAUGGCGGUUACAUUAGAAAAAUAACGCCAACGGCUGCAGAGGCCUUGGCCUCAAAGGCUUCCAUCACUCAGCAGAAACUGCAGGCAGAGCUAGAGCACGCCUUCUUCCACAAUCAGCCCCCAUCUCUGCGGAGGACGGUAGAAUUUGUGGCGGAAAGAAUAGGAUCCAAUUGUGUCAAGCACAUCAAAGCAACCCUGGUAGCAGAGCUGGUGAAGAGAGCUGAGGUCAUAUUGCUGGAUAAUAUGAAGGCAGAAGAUGCUCAUAAUGACAGAUUGCUAGAUGAGGUGUGCUCCCAGCUAUAUGAAGAAGGGGCACAAGCUCUUAUUCAAGGCAAAGAAUUUUGUAGGAGGAAGGGGCCUGAGGCUGUGAAAAUCCUGCUGCCAGAAGAGACGUCUGCAGCAGUUUUAAACUGUGCAGCAAAUAUUGCAGUUGGACUAGCUACUGAAAAGGCCUGUGCUUGGCUCUCCACCAAUAUCACAGCCUUGAUUAAGAGGGAGGUAAAGGCCACAUUCAGCCGCAUGUUGAAAGGUCAAGUGAUCUCCUUGCCCAAUAACACUGAUGCUGUACAGAGGACAAAGGGCUGUCCCGCAGGCUGCUGCCACCAGGCUGUGUUCCCCUCCCAGAUCAUCAAUGAAAUCAAGGAUGUCCUCUGUAUUGCUGUGGGUCCAAGGGAUGAAGAUGAAGAAAUCCAGUUUGCUGAUCUGGAAAGUUUGUUGGAAAGGCUGAGCCAAACACUUCGAUGCAGGAAGUUCAUAUGUCCAACAUCAGAACAACAGCUGGCGAAGUGCUCUGUAGAGAUGGCUUCCCUUCUCGUUUCAGAUCGUAUUCCCAUCCAGGGGCUUAACUCUUGGGCCCCAAAGAAGCAGGAGCCACAGCAAGCAAAGAACCACCUCAUUUCUAGCCUUUUGAAAUCCUUGCUCUCCAUCUGGAAAGAAGACUUCCAGACACCUGUGCCGUUUCAGCUCAUCUUCAGUAGGAAGAAUGCUGCCUGUCUUGCAGACAACAAACAGCACAAGUGGGAUUUGUUCCUCUUCCUGCUUCAUGGUCUCGUUGAGCAUGGCUUAAUGGCAGAAAAGGAGAUACAAAACUGUUUGUACAGCCUCCAGGAACUCCCAUGGCCUUCAGAGUUCUCCAAGGAACUAGAAUCUUUGCUAAGACUAUUCAUUUCUGAGGACUACAUAGCAGAACCAAAGACUUGGGCCUGUGAAUUGGUGGGACAGUCUAGAGGGACAGUGACAGCACAAGUUAGUAGAAGCACCGUGCUGAAAAGUUGCUGAAAUUGUACAUGAAUGCCCUGUUUGUGGUUGCACUUGGGUGUUAACAUUGGAGCUCUGUCUUGCCCUCUACAAGUGGUGUCCAUGUGUUUUAAGAACCUUAAUAGGAACUGGAGGAGCAGAUGUGCUUCUGUUUGAAAACAGAAAAGUUGGAAGACACAAGACGGACUGGAAUCUACACAGAUGUGUAAAAAAUAAUAAUAAACCAGCUAGAGUAAGACUCCCAGGAGCUGAAGGAUUCUCAUUAAAGAGAAUUCUUUUGUUCCAUAACAGUUCACAUGUGGCCUUGAGGGUAAAUCUUUAGUGAGAGACUGGUAUUUAACACUGAUCAAGAGCUCAUGUUUGAUCAUUCACAGAUUAUCUCGUUUUAAAAAGUGGAACUAUGUCUUAAAAUGCAAUCAUUGGUAAAAUAUCAAGUGUUGGUUUCAGACAUUUUAAAAAGGGAUGGCUUGCCCUUUACUGAAAUUUGCUUUUUCUAUUUUCUAAUGAUGAGGUAAGUUUUACUUCUAUUAGGAAAACAGUAUUAAGUGGUAGCACCAUUUAAUUAUUAACUGUGACAUAUUUGCCAUUUAGACAUUUUAUCAUAAAUGUGGAAUGUGCUGAAGAACUGCAGAGCCUGAAACUAGUUUUGGGAGGAUAUUGUCUCCCUAUGUUACUAGGACAUGCUUUCCCCCAGCGGUGGUUUUAGAACCUUGUAAACUUACCAUUACAAAAGCCAGAAAGAUAUCCCAAAGUCUCUUUGGCAAACAAACAUCACAAAAGAGACUAAGAUCUCUUUGCUGGUAUAUUAUAAUGGUUCUGAUCCAAUGAAUCAUUAUCAUGCAAGGUUUUUUGUGAAAUUAACAUUUCCUAAAGGGAGACUGUUUCAUGUACAUUCAACUGUUAGAAUAGUUCCAUGGUCCAUAUUUUGCAAAGAUGACAAAAAAUAUAUAUCUACAGGUGUUCUUGCCUUGCAAUACCUACAUUUUGCUACCUCUAGGGGCACAGUAUAUCUGUGAGUAGAGAAGGAUGGUCACCAAGAUUCAUUCUUAGCGACUAGGGGAGUAGGAGCAGAAUUUUUCACAGCACAAGUCAGUAUAUAACUAGUCAAAUGGACAAGAAAAUAAUGCAGAUUUCAGCCACUCUUGUCAGUAUAAAAAUUAUUUAUUGUGAGGAUAUGAAAAUAGCAAUCUUGGUUAAAAGCAGACAUGGGCUAAAGGCAUGGCACAGCGAACGUGUAUUUUCCCACAUUCAAUAAAAGGUUUCACAGAAAAUUUGUUUGCCCUAGUUUAAGCUCUUCUUGCCAUUCAAGGCAUUCACAGGUACCAUAGUGUUAUAGGUGCAAAAGAAAACAUUUAUUAUAUAAAUAGUACUUUCGAAGUAUCAAUUAUUUCUAAAAAGCAUACAUUAAUUGAAUACCUUUAAAAAUAAUAAUUAGCUUCAGCGUAUAAAACCAUCUCAAAAUAAGCUUAUAUAAAUAACUUAAUUUGUAAACAUAGAAAAACAGUUGUAUGCAAAUAUAAAAAUAAACAUCUGAUGCACUGUACAAUAAGACAUUAUCCUUCAACAGGCACCCUCUGUGUUAAGAGUAGAGUCCAUCUUAGAUGUUGUUCCUGCAAAAGUCAUUUGGUUCAUUAACAGAGUGCCAUGUCUCAAAAAUAAAAACAUAAACUAAUGGAGCCAGUGAUCAUCUGAAAUAUCUCCCAAAAUUGGUUGCUACAUUCUAUUUUAAUUACAUGAUUGCUGCUACUGGGAUAAUUUGCAGAAUCUCAUCCUGCCCCGUCCUGGUAAAAAUUCCACAUGACAACAAAGCUAAGGUUCUAGACGCUGCACAAUGUCCUUCUGAAGGUCUACAGUUCAGUCGCUUGGAAUAUCUUACCAAACUGUGUUUGUUUGUCACCAAAGGGAGUUUCUGUGCUUUAUUUCCCCCCCAAAGUAGAUAUAUACUUAACAGCUGGUUUAGCAGCCCAGUUCUAGCCAUAUGUACUCAAAAGUGAACCCAAGAGAAUUUAAUAAAACUACUGUACUCCAUGGGGUCACGAAGAGUCGGACACGACUAAACGACUAAACAACUAAACAACAACAACUGAAGUAAAUGUGUACUGGAGAACAGUUUCACUUGUUUUGCCAUGAGCUAAAUAUUUUCUGUAACAAGCAGAUCUGUGAAUUACUAGAGAUUUAAAGUGGGUUUAAAGGGUCGGGGAGAGCAGGACGCCGGUAGCUCAGUCCAAGAAGGCACUUUCACCAGCUCAUGAGGAGAUGGGAAUCUCUCUUCAUUGUAUGCUGCAUUGUAUAUCACUGUAGUAGCGAGGGGAAGUUAUGGGAACAUUAUGGUGCCCAUGCGCAGCCAUUUAGAGCUAGUCGUGAGUCGCCAGAUCACUCUAUAGCAAUUAUGAAGCACUGUUCUAUAGAGAUGGGAAUGAACCAUUGCUUCGGCAGUUCAUGCUGGUUUGUUUAUCACCCAAACAUGGUUUUGGCGCUGCCUCCGAGUGGAUACCCGUCGGAGGAGGCGGGGUUGGGAAGCACCGAACACCUGCUUGGCCAAUAAACAAACUGCCAGUUCUUGCUCAUCUCUACUGUUGUAUCCUACUCACACCAUAUCUGCCAACAGGUGUCUAACUUUCUCCAUUGCUUCACUUCCACUGUGUGAAAUCACAGCUACGUUACAGCUUAUGAUCAUAUUUACUGCGUUACCUGCAGCAGGAAUAGUGCAGCAAAGGACAAAGAAGGAACCUGGUGAUAGGUAUUCUUCCUGUUGAUCACCCUGCAUGUUACAAAUAGAUUAAAUAGAUUGGAGCAGUUACUAACUCCAAUUAAACACUGUAGUAAGAUAUUACGCUUAAAAAAAGCAGGCUUCUAAUUAACCAAAGCAAGCUGGCAGAAAAUGAUGCAGUAAUAACCGUGUUGUGCUACCUGCGUAUUUUUAGAAACAAUGUGAACUGAAUAGUCCACACUUCACAAUAAGUAAGACCAGCUGCUAGACACUAGUUUAUAGUAUUGGGGAGGGGGGACUGUUAACCCCCUUUACUAUGGCAAGAAUCAUAGGAAUUGUAUGAAGCAUAUAAUGCAGUUUGUUUGAUAUAAUCAAAUGUUACAACACGUCAGACAGCAGAAUUACCCAAAAUGCAGUUGGGUUGUGGUGAAGAACUCGUUAGGAGCAACACUUAAUGAACUUCCUACCAAUUUCAGCCUGGCAAAAUAAAGCUACAAGUUGAUUUA